AUGCCCUACGGCUACUCCACCAGGCCCUGCGCUGCCCGGCCCACGGGAGCCCCCUGCCCUGUCCCGGCGGGCCCGGCCACCCCAGGCACGGCACACGAGGUCGACUACCUGAGUGGCCUCUGCUUGCCCAGCUCCUUCCAGACCGGCUCCUGGCUCCUGGACCACUGCGGUCGGGAGGCCGGCGGCGAGCCUCCCGUCUCCAGCCCCGGACAGGCGACCUGCUCUCGGCAAACUGCCUGUGUGUCCAGCCCUUGCUCGGCUCCCUGCAGCCGGCCAUUCAGCUUCGUCUCCAGCAGCUGUAAGGGGCAGGCCGGUGCCUCGGCCACGGGCCAGCUGGCCUGCGGGGCCCCCAGGACGGGCAGGCGGCCCUGCGUGUCCAGCUGCCGGAAAACGUGCUGA